UCCAUUGGUUACAGGCUCCUGGUACCCAGGAAAGAGGAUGUAGCAUCUCCUGCGGUAGCAUAGCAAACAGGGCAAAUGUGAGGAAAGGGCGGCUGAUGUGCGGGUAAAUAUGGGACGGAUAAUGGCCAUAUGAACGAGGUGAUGAUUCACCGUCAGGUGAUACUGACCCAGAACUUGUAUCAGAACAGGUUUCUCGGGCUUGCAGCUAUGGCCUCUCCAUCUCGUGCAUCUCAGGGCAGGCGGCGAUGUAAGGACCCGAUUCGGCACAGCUUCAACCCUGAGCAGUUCCCCAAUGUGGACUUCCAGAACGGCGUAUCUGAGGAGCUGGCGGUGGCCGUGCUGCGCUCCACCAGUGACACCGACCUCGUGACCUCCCACUGCCGCUCCACCCUCACCGUCAGCACCUCCAGCUACACCAUCGGCCAGAUGCAGGACAUCACCCUCAGCUGGGACAUCAAGGAGGAAGUGGAUGCGGGCGACUGGAUUGGCAUGUACCUCAUUGAUGAGGUUCUGUCAGAGAACUUUCUGGACUACAAAAACAGAGGUGUGAAUGGCUCCCACAAAGGCCAGAUCGUCUGGAAGAUCGAGGCCAGCUCCUACUUUGUAGAACCGGAGACUAAGAUCUGUUUUAAAUAUUAUCAUGGAGUGAGUGGAGCCCUGCGGGCCACAACGCCAUGUGUGACCGUGAAAAACCCCUCCGCACCGGUGUUUAAGCCGGUGGCCACAGAUGACGUACCACAGAGUCAAGGCAGCAGAAGACUCAUCAGCUUCUCUCUCUCAGAUUUCCAAGCCACCGGUCUGAAAAAAGGCAUGUUCUUCAACCCCGACCCCUACCUGAAGAUCGCCAUCCACCCCGGCAAGCACAGCAUCUUCCCUGCUCUGCCUCACCAUGGCCAGGAGAAGAGAUCAGGCAUCGUCUGCAAUACCAUUAAUCCCGUUUGGCAGAGGGAGACACCAAGCUUUUGGAACUACUGGGAGGCCCGUAUUGACAGUCACGGUCGUGUGUUCUAUGUGGAUCACAUUAACCGGAGCACCACUUGGCAACGGCCAACAUCCGCAGCCACGCCGGAUGGCCUGCGCAGGUCUGGUUCCGUCCAACAGAUGGAGCAGCUCAACAGGAGGUACCAGACCAUCCAGAGGACGAUGGCCACAGAGAGGAGAAACGAGGAGUCAGGUAGUCCCCGCAACGAGAGAACAGCCAACACUGAGACAGACUCGCCUCCACAGACAACCGCAUACAAUGAAAAGAUUGUAGCAUUUUUACGGCAGCCAAACAUCUUUGAGGUGCUACAGGAACGGCAGCCAAACCUGGCAAGGAAUCACUCACUCAAGGAAAAGGUGCAUCACAUCCGAACCGAAGGCACACAGAGACUGGAGAAGCUGUCAUGUGAUGCUGAUCUGGUCAUGCUGUUAAGAACCUCAAGUUUGCAAGGAAAGUCCAGUCAUAGCUUCCUUGAGCGAACUCCUCUCGUUCCAGCCUGCUGUCUGUCUGGUGAGAGCUCUCCAGGGACCCAGAGGGCUCGGGCACCAGCGCCCUACCGCAGAGAUUUUGAAGCCAAACUGCGCAACUUCUACAGGAAGCUGGAGGCAAAGGGCUACGGGCAAGGACCCGGCAAGAUCAAACUGAUCGUCAGAAGAGAUCAUCUGUUAGAAGGAACAUUUAACCAGGUCAUGGCCUACUCCCGUAAAGAGCUCCAGAGAAACAAGCUGUACAUCACCUUUGUCGGAGAGGAAGGACUGGACUACAGCGGACCAUCGCGAGAGUUUUUCUUCCUGCUGUCUCAGGAACUUUUUAACCCUUAUUAUGGCCUGUUUGAAUACUCCGCUAACGACACGUACACUGUCCAGAUCAGCCCCAUGUCUGCUUUUGUGGAAAACCAUUUGGAAUGGUUCCGUUUCAGCGGUCGAAUACUUGGCCUGGCUUUGAUUCAUCAGUAUUUGUUGGACGCCUUCUUCACCCGCCCGUUUUAUAAAGCUCUCCUCAGACUAGCCACGGAUCUCAGUGAUCUGGAGUACCUGGAUGAGGAGUUUCAUCAGAGCUUACAGUGGAUGAAGGACAAUGACAUCACAGAUGUGCUGGAUCUCACCUUCACAGUCAAUGAGGAAGUGUUCGGACAGGUGACCGAGCGGGAGCUGAAGUCCGGCGGGACAAACGUGCAGGUGACGGAGAAGAAUAAGAAGGAGUAUAUCGAGCGGAUGGUGAAGUGGAGGGUGGAGCGAGGUGUUGUCCAGCAGACACAGGCUCUGGUCCGGGGCUUUUACGAGGUGGUGGACUCUCGUCUGGUGUCUGUGUUUGAUGCCAGAGAGCUGGAGCUGGUUAUUGCAGGAACAGCAGAGAUUGAUUUAAACGACUGGAGAAACAACACAGAGUAUAGAGGGGGUUAUCAUGAUGCGCACAUCGUCAUCCGGUGGUUCUGGGGUGCGGUGGAGCGCUUCAAUAAUGAACAGAGACUGCGUCUGCUGCAGUUUGUGACGGGCACCUCCAGCGUGCCGUACGAGGGCUUCACUGCGCUGCGCGGGAGCAACGGCCUACGACGCUUCUGCAUCGAGAAGUGGGGCAAGAUCACAUCGCUCCCGAGGGCGCACACAUGCUUUAACCGUCUGGAUCUCCCACCGUAUCCAUCCUACACGAUGCUGUAUGAGAAACUGCUGAUCGCUGUGGAAGAGACCAGCACUUUUGGCCUUGAGUGAGGACUUAUUCACCUUCCUCCCGGUGACCUUUCCAAAUACACCGUAUGUAACGAUCUACUAGCGUGGAUCGUGGAUCGUGUCCUGUGUCCGUUUCUUUGGCUUGUCCAGGACACCACAGCAUGCACCAGUCACCUGUGCGGGUGGACAGUGUGUAAAGGGUAUGCAAAAGUGAAAGAGAAGCCUUCAACCUGCUUUAACACUCAGGGCCUCGACCUCCGCUGAAGUUGGUCUCAGUUCUCACAUCAUCAUUUCACCGCAAACCACGGCCAGCAUCCUUUCCUGUUGGUGCAUUCUCACAUUGACAAGAAUUGUAAAGUUAAACCAAAUAUGCUCACAGAACAUAUCUGAUUGAGGUGCGGUAAUUACUGUAAAUAUGUGCACUAGUUCACAUAUCUUACCGAACAUGGCAUCAUCACAGGAAGUGACAUCACUUUGCAGGAAGUCUGAACUUUAAUUUGACACUUUUGAUUUAUUCGUUUGUACUAAUCAAUACAUUUUAAUAUUAAAAUCAUUAAAGCGUCAAACAUAUUAAAGGCUUCAUGCUGUCUUGUCUGUAAUAUUUGAAUGAAUCUCCAGUGUUGGAACUCGAUUGCUUUCAAAUGAAUUGAUGUUUUUGGGUUUAAAAAGCCAACAUAGGAUGUUUACUUAAAUGUCAACACUAAAAGCGAAAAUGUGAAGCGAUCAGAAUAUAUUUGAUGUUUAUUAUACAGCUGUGUGGAGCCGGAUUUUAAACCAAUGAGACUGCACGGUGGGCAGAGCUAUCCAGCAUAACAAAGCAUAAAAACAAGGGACUGAAAAUGACUUGUCAGUUGUUAGUUGAGUCUAGAUAAGAUGCUUUGUACAGGUGCAUUCAUGGUGACGGGGAUUUAUAGUGAUUUGAGCCAACAGGAGCGAUGUGAUAUGGGAAGUAAAUGCUCAUAAUGAGCAGUUUUAUGUGAUUCUUUAUGCACUACUGCAGUUUGUGUAUAUGGUUUCCUUCAGCAUGUUAAUUUUUAGUAUUAAAAUGGAAUGAUACUUUGUUUUAUUUAUUGUAUUUUUAUGUACUUUUUUCAGUUUUCUAAACCAGAUCAUGUGGGCAUUACUAUCUGCGCUCUCAUUGGCAGCUGCCGCAUCGUAUUUGUUGCUCAUUUGCAUAGAGUUCAACUGUUUGUCUAGACUUUGUCGCUUCGCCAUUUCGGCAUUGUCACUUAAAAUUUACUUGAAAGUUACUUAAAUGUUCCUGAUGCCAUGAUAUGCACUUGCGUUCCCUAGUGUUUAUAAAAUGUAUUUUUGUUUUUUCUAUUUAUAUGAUGUCUUUUUAUGACUUAAAAAUGAGUGAGGGGACUGAAAGAAAUGAAAGACCAAAAAUAGUAAAUAAUUGUGCACCACACACACCAUGUUCUUCAGGGUGUUUUAGCUGUUCGUGUUUGAAGAGCGGUGAGAUAUUCGGAGAGCGAUUUAUUUAUUCAAAAAGGAAAUUGGUUUAAAUGUCAACAUGUUUUGUUUUUUUAAAUGUCAGGGGGUUCGUUCUGUGGGUUGGUUUAUUGACAACUAGAUUCCUUGUGCUGACGUUUUGAUUAUUGUUCAUGUUUACAUUUUGAAAUUAUGUGAAUGUGUGUAUUAUACAUUAAGAUGGUCAUAAAUUGUCUUAACAUGAUGCCAUUUCAAGGUGCAUGUAUUUCUGUCUAAACCACACGUGAUGAAUCAGUCUUUUUAGUCUCCUAACAAUUUCUAAAUGGGAUCGUUCACCCCCCCACCCCCCCAUACAGAAUUACAUUAGGGUGAGUAAAUUAUGUUUUCCUUAAGUUUUCAUUUUUGGGUGAACUGUCCGUUUAAUGUAGCGAUGAUGAAGAACAAACAAUUUUGUCUGAAAUGUAAUUCUGCUAAAAACAACUGCAGCGCAAAAUGAACAAAACUCAGCUUAAGAUAUUAGGAAUGUAGUAAGCGCAUUUGUAUAAUUUAUCCCAAUUAAGAAAUUAUAAAAUGUCUGUAUAUCAAAUGUGUACAUACUUGCUUGAACAGUCUAUGUAAAAACUACAUUUUAAAAUGUGAUGAAUCAAUUCAACAGCCAACAAUUCAUGUCUUCAUACUUAUUAUUUGCAUAAUGUUAGUUUUCUCAAAUGUAUAUUACUAUGCAUAUUUGGUUGGAAUUGUAAGAAAUGCGACUUGUGAAGGUCGUUUCUUUAUUUAUCAACUCGCAGACAUUUGACAAUGUGAGGGAAAUGAGGAGAAGGUUCUGGAACAUACUGCCUCUCUAUAAACAUGGCAUUCUGGGAAAUGCAGAAGGGUUUGGCUCCUGCUUCCACCUCGGACACAUACACUCGCCUGCUUAUGUCUUUUUACACUUUAAUCUAUGUGUAUGGAAGAGAAUAAGAGCGGAAAAUGUAUAAAUGUUUUGAAUUGUGUAUUGAGGUCACUUAUAUCACUGUAACUACAGCAUUACACUGUUAAUGAAUGUCAAUAAACAAUCACUUUC